AUGGAACCAACAGCGGCCUGCUCAGUCCCGGAGAAGUACAAUGUUGGAGAUAACUUCCAGCGGUGGGAGAAGCAAGUGAAAAUAUAUCUUGAAAAUUUUCCACCUGAACAUUAUACCAAUUUUGUUUUAUCGUUGCUUGGUGGAGAUGCCUUCGAUAGGGUGACCGAGGAGGACUGCAUAAGGGGAGGCGUUACAGCAGAAACAUGUGCGUGCCUUCGACGGUUGCUGGAUCCAUCCCUGGUACCCGUGGAAUAUAAGAAGCCAUUCAACGCACGGCACCAAUUCGACUGUGAGGGUGUGCGAAGUUUUGUGCGAGAAUUGCGCCGACUGGCCAGCAGAGCAUGGGAAAAUGAUUCGCCCUCGGAAUUGGAGAAGUUACUGGAACAACUAGUCAUGGGGUCCAGAUCCAAUAACGUACGACGGCAUCUGCUCAUGAACCCACCAUCGAACUUGGAGAUGGCUGUCAAACGUGCGGAAGAUCUAGAGAAGCUGGAGGCGGCCACAGCAGCACCUCGAGAGUGUCUAGCGGUGGGGCACGAUGGUGCGCAAGAAGUCGGACAUCAGGCGUGGCAGAGAGGCCGAGGAAUGCGACGACCGUGGCGGCCCAACUAUCGGUUCCAGCACAGACCACCAGCCCGCUAG